AUGGAACAAAAACACCAACAAGCUUGUUCUUCUUUUUCUGCUAUUCCUUCCUACUAUGAUGUAGCUUCUAACAUACAGAGACUAAAGAAUCACGGUUAUACCAACGAUGAAAUUUCUUUCAUUAUUGCCAAUCAAAAUCCAAGAGACUACGUAACAUACAUUGAACCCCUUAUUCGCAAGAGAGAAAUUGUAGAUGAUACUCAUUCUUAUUACCAGCGUCUUCUGCAUCAAAAAGCUCGUGAUUCUUCUGAAGCCAUAAACUUGUACAAUUUUGCAGACCCUGAUAGUCAUUCCAACCUCUACAUUCCUAUCAGUACAAAGUCUCUUGUUCCGUCAUUGCGAGAGCUGACUCUUAACGUUCUUGACAAGCAUUCUUAUCCAGUUGCUUUACUUGCUGGUGUUAGUAAUGAGCAGAAACAAAGGCUUACCAACUUGCUGUGUUAUUCCGGUGAAAUGAAUGGCCACUUUCUCGAACUACUUCUUAGUGGUUUUCCUACUCAUAUUCAGCUUAGAGAUUGUUCCUGGUUGACGAAAGUAGAAUUUCUCAAAUAUUUUGAAACUUUGGUCACUUCCGAAUUAGAGGUGCUACAACUUGACAAGUGUGGUUCCAUUAUAACUGAUGAAACAGUGUAUGAUACUUUGGCAAAACCAGGAAACUCCUUGUCCAAACUAACGAGCCUAUCCAUCGCUGGUGCGUACGAUCUUAAUAACGAAGGAUUGGAGUUACUUGUUUCUUCUGUAACAGCACUUAGAUAUAUAAACCUAACCAAAUGUGUCCGUCUGACUGCUACUGGUCUUGACAUUUUGGCGGAUUCAUUUGGAUCAACUCUGAAAGAGUUGUAUAUUGAUGGUUUCAAUCUCAUUAAUACUAAAGGGAUUUUGAAAGCCUUGAAGCGAUUCAAACAGUUACAAGUGUUGUCACUGGCUGGUAUUCGAGAUCUUUCUGAUGCGUUUAUAAAGGAUUACAUCAUGGCAUGCGGUCGCAACCUUAAGGGUCUUGUUUUAAAGGACUGUGUAAAUUUGACCAAUGUAUCGAUGAGAUUCAUUGCUGAUUUUUCUCGUAGGUUGAAUGUGUUUGAUAUUUCAAAUAUGUGCAAAUUGACAGACUCGUCUCUAGGAUAUUUUAUGAAUAGAUUUCGACAAUUGAGUACUUUGAAGCUCUACCGCAAUCUAUUCAGUGAUGAGGCAAUUGCUGCUUUUUUGGAGAUAGCUGGGAAAACCUUGGAAGAACUUUCACUUAAUAGCAUUGACAAGGUUGGCCAUUUGACAGCAAUGUCACUUGCAAAGAAUGCCAAAAAUCUGCAUACAUUGGAUCUGUCACAGUGUCGAAAUCUCAGAGACCGUGAUUUAGCUUUGAUUGUCAGUAGAUGCUUGUCGUUGAGGACACUUAAACUUGUUGGAUGUUCGCAGUUGACAGAUGUUUUUCUCAGAGGAAGCUCAAACUCAGAGAUUCGGAUUAUUGGGUUGAAGUCAACUCCUAUUUGGAGCAAGAUAUUUUUCAUGAAUUGA